AUGGUUUUUGUAGUCGAGUGCGGCACCAUUCAGAACGGCGGGUUUCUGGAAUACUUCGUGCAGGGAUACGGUGAUCUUGAACUCCAAGCAGGUCUUGAGGACGACUUGAUGCUUGAAUUCAUCGAUAUCAGGAAUCGGAAACUUGUCAUUCCGUGUGUUGAGACAGGCGAGCCGGCACGUGUGACCAUGACGAGUCUCAGAGAUAUUGCGAACUUUGUGGCUGCGAGCUUAGAUUUGCCAAGAGGUGUGAUGACUGGGCAGAUUGGAAUUGCGGGUUGGACUGGGACAUUUGAGAAUGUUGUGGAUGUGUUGGAACGUCUUGAGCCGGCAGUGGAGGUUGAAAAGGUGUAUGUUACUGCCGAGGAGUGUCGGAAUAUGGCUGAGGAACACAGACAGACUUUCAGAGUGAAGAUAGGAAAGGGCGAGUUUGAUUUGGCUGCAUUCAGAGGUGAGAUGGUGGCACAGAUGUAUGCUGUUCUAUGUGGAGAGGAGGACAGUGGUGGCAUGGUGUGUGGGAAGACGUUGAAUGAGUUAUGUCCCGACGUGGAGACUGCAAAUCUGAAAGAGCUGUUACACAAGGCAUGGCAAAGAAGACUCCGAAACUAUCGAUCGACGGCAAGCUCCAUGAGCGACCACGAAUUGUCUUAG